AUGGUCGUGUAUUGCUGUGUUGAUGUAUGCUUUAAUCGACUAGAGUAUGGUAGCAAAAUUCAUUUUUUUUCAUUUCCAUUGAAGAAUGAAUUUCGAACAACAGAAUGGAUGAAAGCAAUCAACCGCAAAGGUUUUAAACCAUCAGCAUCAAGUAGGAUAUGCAGUGAUCAUUUUACGUUAAAUGAUUUUGAAAAUUCUCCAGGUGGAAGCUAUCACCUUUAUUUGACAGACAAAUCAUGUCCUUCCAUAUUUCCUAUAACAUUUGAUGAAUCGCAUAAGAAAAAAAAUAAAUCAACUUUUACAGAAGAAUCUACAUGUUCUCAAAAUGUUGAUUGUAUCUUAGGUAUAGAAGUAUCUGAAAAUGCUCCAGUACAUGAUAAUGAAAUUACUAUUUCACGGGAUAACUUGCUUAUCAAAAAUUCGAAGAACUUUAUUUUAUACUUCACCUAG